AUGGCAACCGUUAAAGCAAUGUAUGAAUCUGCCAUUCGCCGAUUCACCAUUUCGUCUGACAUUACCUGGUCCAAUUUAGUUUCUCAACUCCGUGAUCUAUUCCAAAUCCCUAACACUGCCUUAAUUAACGUUUCGUAUACUGAUGAAGAAGGUGAUGUGAUUAGUGUUUCAAGUGAUUUGGAGCUUCAAGAAAUUCUCUCUCUCCAUUCGGCUGGUAAAAUCGUUCGACUUGUAAUUACGACUGAUUCAUCUCGUAAUAAUGUUCUUGGCGAGAUUGGCAAAGCGACAAAAGAAGUUCUCGAGCAAUUAAGUAUCGAGGAAAAUGAAACUAUCGAUGAAUCCAAGCGCGCGAAUAAAUCGAAAGAGGAAGUAAAGCAAACAAAUACCAGUGGCGAAUCUUCUUCCCCUAAUGUGACCGAGGACGAACCUACAAUUAUCGUCAUAAGACUCUCCCACCCCUGGUGCCGAUCAUCUUUCGGUGGUCGACGUCAUUUCAGGUAUCACGGCCAAAGCUUUUAUCAACCUUAUAUUAUUAACCGUCCACAUUGCUCAUUCGAAGAUCCUUCGCAUUGCCAAUCGUCAUCACGUGAGCAAGAAUUUGGUGAUUACGGUAGAGGCCCUAGAUGUUAUGAAUAUCAUCGACAAAAACAAAAUAUUUCGUCUGAACAGUUGGCAGAAGGACUCAAGACAUUAAAUUUUAUGGGAUUCCCGUCCGACGACAAGAAGUAUGAAAAGUUGUUGAGACAGUAUAAUGGAAAUAUCGGUCGUGUCAUCGACAUUUUGCUUGAAGAACAAGGCGAUGGAUCAAAGGAAAAGCAGGAAGUGCGACCCGAAUCUUCGACCUCGGUGAUGAUGGAGGUUGAUGCGGAAAAAAAUAAGGAAAGACCUUAUGUACUUCAUGAAUAA